AUGGAUCCAAAUCCUAAAAACUUCCCAAUCCUCUCCUAUGUCAUGUCCAAACUACCCAGUAUCGCCCCCAAACGCGCCACCACCACCUCCGAAUUCGACAUCGAACAACCACCGCUUCCACCGUCCGCCAGUGUUUCCACUUCGAAAGAACCUCACUUCGAGCUCACAGAGCAGAUGCCUCACCUCACAGACUCCAAAGUCAUUGCCUCAAUGCGAUUGGCCGUCGCUGAUGUCGCCCAAACACGGUCCAUACUCCAAACACUAGGUGAAAGGCCUGAUCAUGAGUCGGUUGACACUGCUAAGGCGAAGAUAGAUGAAAUUGAAGCGAAAUUGGCGAAUGAUUUGGGACAGAUUGGGUUGUCUCCGAGGCCGGCGGAGGUCGACAGUCUUCAAUGGAGGGCGCAAUUGUCAGAGAAGGAGGAGGAGUGUCGUGAGGCGGCGGAGAAGGAGAGGCAAAUCUACAAGGCGGUGGUUUCCCUAGAUGAAAUGCACGAGUCGUAUGAGAAGAUGUUGAAGGAGGCGGAGGAGAGGUUGGAGAAGAUCUACGAGACAGCUGCGGCUGGCGAUGAUUCCAUGGAAGAGAAUCCGGAGGUGGUGGAGGAAGUUGAUGAGGAAGUGGUGCGGAUCUUGCAGGACCCGUCUAGGAAGGGGAUUGAGAGGGUGAAUUUGUCAGGACGAAAGUUGAGGUUUUUGCCGGAGGCGUUUGGAAGGCUUAGCAGAUUGGUUGUGCUGGAUUUGUCCAACAAUCAACUGGAGGUCAUUCCUGAUUCAAUUGCCGGACUAGAAAAUCUCGAGGAGCUCAAUCUUUCGUCAAAUGUUUUGGUGUCAGUGGCCGAUUCUAUUGGGUUGUUGCUAAAUUUGAAGAUCUUAGAUGUCUCUGGAAAUAAGCUCACUGCCUUGCCUGAUAGCAUCUGUCAUUGCAGGUCAUUGGUGGAGUUUGAUGCAAGUUUCAAUAAACUGACGUAUUUGCCAACAAACAUUGGUUAUGAAUUGGUGAAUCUCAGAAGGCUUUCAAUCCAUCUAAACAAGAUUCGUUCUCUUCCCAGUUCUAUUGGUGAGAUGAGUUCCUUGCGCCUUCUAGACGUACAUUUCAAUGAACUCCGUGGCCUUCCCCUUGCAAUAGGAAGAUUGACCAAUCUUGAGAUCCUCAAUCUGAGCAGUAAUUUCAGUGACCUAACUGAACUUCCUGAUACGCUUGGUGAUUUAACCAGCCUUAAAGAACUUGAUCUGAGCAACAACCAGAUCCAUGCACUGCCUGAUACAUUUGGCCGGCUUGACAAUCUGACUAAGCUGAAUUUGGACCAAAACCCUCUUGUGAUUCCUCCAACGGUGGUUGUGAACGAAGGUGUUGAAGCUGUCAAAUUUUUUAUGGCCAAGAGGUGGCUAGACAUACUGGAAGAGGAAGAAAGGAAGAGCAUGCUUGAAGUACAAGAGCAAACACAACCCAGUUUAUUGACCCGCAGCACCUCCUGGUUAAAUAGUGUUGUUUCAAGCGUUUCUGGGACUGUUUCAGGGUAUUUGGGAUCCGUGAGUAAAUCUAAUGUAGACCCUUACCUCAAUCAGCAGCUAUGA